CAAAACGGCAAAACCUUAAAUAGGAAAAGAAGAACCUAUGUCAGAUUGUAAGUCUUUUACGUACUGAGUAAAUGAGAUACCUCAUUUUUCAAAUUGUAUGAUUUGUUUCUACGAUUAUGGAGAAAAUAUUGAUAAUUUCAUGUAAUUGUGAUGCGACUGAAAAAUUAUCAUGCCAGUGAAAGGUAGAAUCCUUCCUCCAUGGGUAGAAUUAUCUAUUUGCAGUUUACGAUCAAAUAUAAUACCACAUCUUAAAAGAGAAGAUGAAAAUGUGUCAAAUGCCAAACGUCAAUUGUGUCACAUGUCACGAAAAUCGGCACUCGACAUUUUUAGAUUUUUUGAUUUCAAUUUUCACAAAUUAUUCGCUAAACGAGAUUAAUUUAUUCGAAUUCGUUCUUUUAAAAUACCCUUCGUUACGUUUAUAUUAAAAUUUCCACAUCCAGUGUUCGCAUUUUCCAGUUAUUCCACAAUUUACAUAACCUAACCUUAUAUAAAUUACUUUUUUAACAAAUAAAAAUGUCCGCUGCGCAAGUUUUUAACAGAAUCGGUCAAGUCGGUUUGGGAAUCGCCCUUGUUGGUGGCGUGGUAAACUCAGCUCUAUAUAAUGUUGAUGGGGGUCACAGGGCAGUUAUUUUCGACAGAUUCGCUGGUAUUAAGAAAGCUGUAAUAGGCGAAGGAACGCAUUUCUUCAUCCCAUGGGUGCAAAGACCUAUCAUUUUCGAUGUAAGAUCGCGUCCCAGGAAUAUCCCUGUCGUUACCGGAAGUAAAGAUCUUCAAAACGUAAACAUCACACUCCGUAUUCUCUUCAGACCGAUUCCAGAUCAAUUACCGAAGAUUUACACGAUUCUAGGUCAAGAUUAUGAAGAAAGAGUGCUACCAUCUAUUACUACAGAAGUCUUGAAGGCUGUUGUAGCCCAAUUUGAUGCUGGUGAACUGAUUACUCAGCGUGAUUUGGUUUCUCAGAAGGUGUCUGAGACACUAACUGAAAGAGCUGCUCAAUUUGGUGUCAUCUUGGAUGAUAUUUCACUGACACAUCUUACUUUUGGAAGAGAGUUUACUCAGGCUGUAGAAUUGAAGCAGGUGGCUCAACAGGAGGCCGAAAAAGCUAGAUUUUUGGUAGAAAAAGCAGAACAAACCAAAAAAGCAACUGUAAUCUCGGCCGAGGGUGACGCACAAGCCGCCAUAUUGCUAGCCAAAGCAUUUGGAGAUGCAGGUGAAGGUUUGGUGGAGUUGAGACGUAUUGAAGCAGCUGAAGACAUUGCCUACCAGCUAUCGAGGUCUAGGCAGGUUUCCUAUUUGCCCGGUGGACAAAAUUUACUUCUGAAUGUGCCAACACCAGGAAAUUAGACAUAGAAAUGGGUUAGGAAGCAGUGGCGUGCAAUGGAUUUUUUCUCCUAAUUAUUUUCAAUUAUAUUUUCCUGAGACAGCCAGUAAUUUGAAAUUUUAGUAGACUGAAAGUAGAAAAAAUCGAUUUGGGAGACAAAUUUGAAAAUAAUUGGUUUUAAAAAUUUAGUCAGGGGGACAGCCUGUUGUUUUAUUUGGCUGAAAGGAGUUCUUGUGUAAGACCUCUUACAGUUUUGUCAUAUAUAGCUUAAUAUGUCUUAUUAUUAUUUUUUAUAAGAUUAGAUCUACGGAUUUGUUAAUAAAUUGUUGAAAAAUUGGUU